AUAUAUAAAAGGGGUUAAUUAUGUGAGAUAUUUGAACUAUUGAGAAAUAAUAAAGGACCAUGUCAAAAAUGUCUAGUCCUAGUUGUUCAGAGAUAGAAGAGAAGAAAGUUACUUCAAUUUCCCAUGAAGCUAAUUUUUCUACUCAACAAGAGGUUACAAAGGAAGAUAAAUUUCAAUAUGUAAAAGAUGAGAUGGGGGAAGUGAAAGAAGAAAAUGAAAGAUUAAAGAUGAUGCUAGAACGCGUGGAAAAAGACUACAAUACCCUUCAACUCCGCUUCUUUGACAUCGUCAACAAAGAAGUUUCUAACAAAGGUUUAACAAAUUCAUCUACUUCACAUGAUGAAACUAAUGAAGAAGAACCUGAAUUUGUGUCACUUAGCCUUGGAAGAACUCCUCCAAAUGAGUAUAAAAAAGAAGCAAGAAUUGAAAAGCCUAAAGAAAAAGAAGAAGAUAUGGAAAUCAACCUUAGUCUUGGAUUAGACUCAAAAUAUAUGUUAUCAAUGGAAUUAGUAUCUGAUAAUUUGAGUCCAAUGAAUAGCUCAGAAGAAUUACCAAAGGAAAAAGAAUUAGUAGAAGAAACACUAUUAAUGUCAAGUAAUAAAUCAACAAAAAUGAUAAAUGUAAAUGAUGAUAUUUCAGAUCAAAUGCCUGCUAAAAGAGUUAGAGUAUCUGUAAGAGCUAAAUGUGAUACUCCAACGAUGAAUGAUGGAUGUCAAUGGAGAAAAUACGGACAAAAGAUAGCAAAAGGAAAUCCAUGUCCAAGGGCUUACUAUCGUUGCACAGUUGCACCAGCAUGUCCAGUUAGAAAACAGGUACAAAGAUGUGCUGAUGACAUGUCAAUCUUAAUAACAACAUAUGAAGGAACACACAAUCACCCUCUUCAAGUUUCAGCAUCAGCAAUGGCAUACACAACUUCAGCAGCUGCAUCAAUGAUGUUAUCAGGUUCAUCAACAUCAUCAUCAUCAUCAUCUCAUCAUGAAAAUCAUCACCAAAAUUCCACAUCUUUUGGAAACCCUCCAACACUACUUAAUGGCCUUAAUUUCACCCACCAAAUUGAUGAAUCAAAACCAAAACAUUACUUCCUUCCACCAAAUCAUAUCUCACAUAAUAAUAAUUUAUUCCCAACCAUCACUUUAGACCUAACUUCAUCUUCAUCAACUCAUAUCCAUAAUAAUAAUAAUAAUAAUAAUAAUAAUAAUAAUUUACCUUCAAAUAUAGCUUCAAUUCCAAGAUUUUCACCAAAUAAUCUAAAUUUUUGUUCCACACAACCAAAUUAUAUGACACCAUCAUCCAAUUGGGGAAAUAAAUUAGGGUUUCUUAACAAUAACACAACCACAAUGCCAAUUGAAAAAACAACUCAAAUGAGACCUUUUUUCCAACAACAACAACAACAACAUAAUUUCUAUCAAAAUUCAAUGGCAAAUCAAAUUCCUUAUUCAAAGGAAUUAUCUUUGGCUGAAACAAUAACAAAAGCAAUUAGCAAUGAUCCAAGUCUUCAUUCAGUUAUAGCUUCAGCUGUUUCAUCAAUAGUACAAGGAUCAUCAAACAAUGGUGGAAAGCAUGAAGAAAUAGGGUUGAAUUUGAAACUUGGAGAGAAUUCACAAUUGGUUUCAAACAAUUUGUUGAAUCAAAAUGGUAAAGGUUGCAUAAAUGGUUACUUUAAAAGGUUGAACUCUACAAGUUCACAAACAAAGAAUUUCAUGCUUCUUCAACCUUCAUUGCCAUUUUCUGUUUCUAAGAGUAGCACAAGUAAAGCUCCAUCAAUUGUUAAUCAUAUUAAUCAUUAUGAUCUUAAUAUGAACACACAUCAUUAGGUAAUACUUUUCCCUUAAGAGUUAGUCAUUCCACGCAAUGGAACUUUUGUAACACUACACAAUCUUGGAUUUCAAUCGUCUCCUUUUAAAUACUCUAUACAUAUUUUGAUUUUUUUUAAACAAUACUAAAAUUAUCGAUCUUGAGAUCUAGACUGUCGAUUGGAGGGUUACACUGUCGUUGAUUGCAUGAAUGCGUACAGUUAGUAACAAUAGAAAUUUUGAAUUUAAAAGAGAUGAUCCACAUAUUUGAA